GCUUAUGUACCUUCGACUUUCAAUGCGGUGUACGUACCUGAGCCUACUUCGUAUCACCAAAACAUACAAACAGCCAAUAUCGAACCAAGCGCAUCUCCGGCAAUCCCCUGUAGACUAUCAUCAUGGAUAGUACGGCUUCGGAGUCGACACCCGUACCUAAAGUAAUCUUCCGUGGGAAAAAAAGGAAGACCUACAGACAACGAGCAGAACCCGCCGACGACGAUGACGAACGAUCAAGAUCCGCAGAGACGCCACGACUAGAAGGAACACCGACCGCAUCAGAUACUCCCGGAAAACCUGAAGUCGCCACCCCGAUUCAAAGCGAGGGCGCAGAGGAUGAAGAGAAGGGACUCUCAGUAGCCGAAGUUUUACGUCUACGCAAUGCGCGAAAAGCUCGACUAGGCGGCGUCAAGUUCGGCGCGGGAAGCAACCACGGCUCCAACGACACAGCAGCCGCCGCAAAUGGCUUCGGAGACGGUCUCGACGACCUCAGUCUCAUGAUCCGUGAGGAGGAAAACAAAGCACUAGAUAUCGCAGCAGGCGUAAAGAAGCGAUUCGCGCCGCAGACAGGUAUGGCAGCAGAACUAGUAAACAAGCACAUGGAGGAGUAUAUAGAAGCCGAACUAGCCAGGCGACACAACGCUGUGGCGCUCUCUUCCCACCCAGCCGCGCGCUCGUCUAAUCGGGGGCAGCAACAACCGGCGACGGCGACGGCGACGGUGACAGCGGUGCCCAGACCCGAGCAGCAGAAUAGAGCGCUGCACGGCCAGCUUAUGGAGAUCGACCUCGGCGACGAGGCGCGCAGCCGCAACGAAGCGCUGACGGAGCGCGCUAGGCGGAAGUUGCACGGCGAAGAUGUUGAAGAUGACGACGAGCAGCAGCAGCAGAGCGGUCGGCCGAAGAAAGUCCGGCUCGGACGGGAUGGCAAGCCCUGGAGGUCGAGGAAUAGGCGGAAUAGCGACGAUAUCAAGAGGGACCAGCUGGUCGAGGAGAUUCUCCGGGAAAGCAGACUCGACGUAUACGAAGCACCCACCCCGCCCCCCGCCGCACCCGGCAGCGGCGCCGAAGACGACGGCGCAGCCGACGACCGCAUCGCAGAGGAGUUCCGGCGGGAAUUCAUGGACGCCAUGGCCCAGCGCCAGCAGAAGCGCAAGAAGCCGACGAACGCGCCCCCCGGGUCCGGCCCCGGCGGCACCGGCAAGGGCGGCGCCGCCGCCGACGAAGACGUGCUCAAGGGCCCUAAGCUCGGCGGGAGUCGCAAUGUGCGCGCCGCCAUGCGCAAUUUGCUGCUGGAGAAGGCGAAGGAGGCGAAGGGGAAGACUCGGUGAGGGGGGGGGGAUUGUUUUUAUAUUUAUAUUGGUUACGGUACGGGGGCUUCGGUAACGGAGCCCUUGCAGCGAGGCGAGAGGGCGGUUACUAUUAUAUGUGUUUGGGUACGUAAAUAUAAAUACAGCAGCGUUACGGUAUGCGUACAUCCGUAUUAAAUUAAGGGAGGGCGAAUUCGGAGUAUAUUGAAUACAUACAUGGCCCAAUGCGUUAUUUGACUAUUUUUCCCUUGGUCCUGUAACACGGAAGGAGAACUGUAAAGCAACAUAUAUGAUUUCCUUCGUUCGCGAGUCAACGUUUAUUAUAAUAUAGCAUCAAAACUAGUCUAUAUAUAUGAACAUACUACAGUCAAAUCAAUACUCUCUUGUCUUUUAAUGCUGACAUAAUUAAGAUCUACUACUGACAACCCGGUAGCAGGUAGUUAGCUUCAAUUACGUACUAUAACGUAUUUUGCUGGACUAAGUAUCACAUGUAAUGUUCUAUCCAGCCAUAAGAACCGGGGCGUUUAGUUCUAAGGGAAUAUCCACCAUGGAUAAAUAACCAGCAAGAUGAUAACAAAUGAAUUUGGAGCUCUACUCUUCAUUCGUACAUAUAUAUAUAUAUAUAUAUAUAUAACUGGGCUAUUUAAGCGGAUAUAACGUAAUGUUCAUGAUCACAUUGCUAUUUGUAGCGUUGGUCUCAACCGUAAAACGCCCCCCUG